AUGCCGGAGUUCGAACUGAUUGAUUACAAGAUACACGAGAAGAUCGGUGAAGGUUCAUUUUCCGAGGUGUAUCGGGUAAAGCACAAACGAACCGGACAGUUCUAUGCGGCGAAGAAACUGCUGAAGCUGUAUGUUGACUCGACCGAAGCCCUACAAUGUGCAGAAAUCCAGAUUAUGAAGGCGCUGGAUUACCAUCCCAAUUUGGUCAGCUUCGUCGAUAUAUUGCAUGACGGUGUUAACGGUCACCUCACGCUGGUGAUGGAACUUAUGGACAUGAGUAUGUACGAUUACAUCAAGAAUCGUAAACGCUGUCUGUCGGAGAAACGAGUACGCCGAUUUCUGUAUCAGAUCGUCUGUGGGUUGCACCACCUGCACCGAAACGGGAUAUUCCAUCGUGACAUCAAACCGGAAAAUAUUCUCAUCAAAAUAUCGAAUAAAAUGAGGGAUAAUGAAUUGGUCCAACUCGCGGAUUUCGGUUCGAUCUGCAACGUCAGCCAACAACCGCCAUAUUCUGCGUACAUUUCAACUCGCUGGUAUCGGUCACCCGAGUGUCUGCUCACGUCAGGUUAUUAUGGCCCUAAAAUGGACAUUUGGGCUGUCGGCUGCUGUUUCUACGAAAUGCUAACACUGAAUCCCCUAUUUCCCGGCGAAAACGAAGUGGACCAACUGGAUCGGAUCCAUGCGGUGGUCGGUUCACCUUCUGCUGCGCUCUUAGCUAAAUUUCGUCAUCGGAAUCAGUUGCAGUUUGAGUUCCCGAAACGAAAGCAUGUCGAUCUGAGAUGUCUAGUCCCCCUACUGAGUCACUACGGAGUGGAUGUUUUGAACCGAAUGCUUGCCUACGCCCCGGAUGCAAGAAUCUGUGCCACAAAACUGAAACAGCAUUUGUACUUCGAAGACCUGAACAAAACCAAGCAAACAUCCCGGUUGUCCUCCUCAAUGCAAAGUCUGGACGAUGGUGGCGACGGUCCGCACAAGAAACCGGGUCUUCGGAGGAAGAAUACCAAAAGUUCCGUCAGUAGCACGGAAUCGCUCGAUCGGAAACUGCAGAGCACCGGAAGCAGCGUUAUGACUCGAGCAACCGAUAGCAGCCUCCGAUCGAAAGCCGAGGUCCUAAACUGCAAGCGCACGCUAACGGAAAAAAUGAUCAAAAACAAGAACCUGGAACGAAUGUGGGGUAUGAACCCGUGCCCGGGGAAAACUCGCCUCGGACAGCAAAUAAACAGUACCAGGUUCUGA